CACCAUACUCUUCCGAUCACUCGAGGGAUCGGCGCCCAUUCCACGAGCUUAGAUGAUGAUGCGAGAUUUGGAUGCCGGCAUGCUGAGGAAUGCCCACAUUCGUAGGAGGUUGGGAGCUGGCUCUACCGAGAGCAACGCCGCUUCCUCAUCUGCGCCCUCGACAUCAGGAGCAUCUUCGCAGGUCUCGUCUAGGAGGGCCACUCGCCGCCGACCCACUCCUCAAGCCACCCCAGCUACGACCCAGGCUGAUCCAACCCCUGAAUGGGCUAGGAGGAUCCUGGAGCAUCAGGAUACCAUCCUGCAGAGGAUGUCCGAAAUCGGACAGCAGCAGGCAUCCCAGGCUGAGAACUUUGCUCAGCUUCGAAGGACCUUUACUAGCUUUUACUCGGAUGUGCACAUCGGGCUCACCCCUCGUUCUCCUGAGGGCAACGAUCCAUCCACCUCAGUUCCUCCUCCUUCUUGAUCUUCAUAUUAUUUUCUUUUGAAAACUUUUAUUUCUUUUCGUUAUGAGCAGGAAUUGAUGAUCAACUGGAUUUGUUGGAACUUCUUAUUUUCCGCCGGUAACAUUUACUUAUACACUAGCUCUAUUUCUAUUUCAAUCAACUUCUUUUGAUUUA